UUCGCUGUUAGCACAAGCGGCCGAAGUAUUUUGUAACAUCUUGCGGGACGAUAACAUUAGUCGUAGCUAGGACCUGCUGUAGUGAUGACCAAAAUGAGUUGCCUCAUCAAGAGUGAUUCGACGCCACAGAAGAACGACAUCCAUAACACCAUCAGAGACGGCGUAAAUGAUAACAAAGACCACUUUCUCCCCGCAGUUUUGAAGCGAAAAGACGGAAAGUGUAAUUCACCCACAAGCUCUAAGGAAAGUCACAGUGACCGUGACUCAGACCUCGAAGACUCAAACAGUGAAUUUCAUGAUGAAUUCACUGAGGAGUCGUCGAAAAAGAAACACAGAAGAAAUCGAACAACUUUCACUACAUUUCAACUCCACGAGCUUGAACGAGCGUUCGAAAAAUCGCACUACCCCGAUGUGUAUACAAGGGAAGAACUCGCUCUUAAAAUUGACCUUCCUGAGGUUCGAGUACAAGUGUGGUUUCAAAAUCGUCGAGCAAAAUGGAGAAGGCAGGAGAAGAUGGAGAUGGCUUCUCUCGAACACAUUCCUUCCCAAACAAUAGCCCGACCAAAAUUCAACAGCCUUCCCUUUCCCGAUCCGUGGAAGAGUUCCCUAACUUAUUCAGCAGCCUUUGGUGGGGCUUUGUACCCCCCGGCAAAUGUUCCGACAUCUCCAAAUCUCGGUUGUUUCCCGGGAUCAUUUAGCCCUACAGGUUAUGUACCGUUCUCCUCAUAUUUACCCGGAAUGGGAUGUAUACCUGGAGGACACCCAAGUGCCCGCGAUGAGAGAACAACGAGCAUUGCAUCCCUGAGAAUGAAAGCCAAAGAGCACAUGGAAAACCACACUUUAAAAGAGUGGUCUGAAAUGCAAACUGCGACGCAGUGAAAAAGAAUUGAUGCAACGGAUAAGAAUGAGACAAAAGCAAAUAAGAGACAGUAUAAGUGAUUAUUUAAAGAAAAGUUUGACAGAGUUGUAUUCUUGUAUUUGUUCCCUUACUUUACGAGUCCAAAAGUUGGGUGAAGAUUCAUCCACAACUGAAAUUUGAAUUAAAUAAGCAACACAAUGAAGAUAGAUUCGUUUUUACAAAUCACAUCAAUUCUACAUGAUAAAGAAUCACAAAAACAACCACUGGCCGGGCGGGAGAUUUUGACAUAAACGUACAAAACGUAACUGAAACAUAGUUUGCUUUUCAAUUUCCUCAAACAUAAUAAAUUCGCGUUAUUAAGAAAUAAAAUGACCACGAUUUUCAGAAAACAUUGACAGCCGCGUAAUCUCAAAAUUAAAAAUCCCAUAUCCGAAUUAAGCAAAAAUUAUAAUUUUCUGUUUGGUUUACAAAAUGUCUUCUUACAUGCUUCAAUAUUAUGAUAGUAGUUACAUUACUUAUAUUUAAAAAGAUAUUUAAGUUUUUAUUUAAGUUUCGCUUUAGCGUUGUUGUAAAUUAGAAAACUUGAGGCAAACAGUGUAAAUAAAUGAUCUGUUAAGUGCCCUCACAUUUGUCAGAGGUAAAGCUCUUGUCAUCUAGGGCAAGUGAAAUAAUCAAUAAAUAAAAAGUUGAAAUGUGAA